CAGAAACGCACAAGUCUCUGGUGCAGCGAAGGCGAGAAAUUCUCGCCCCAGAAAGCUCUGUUAAAGGUGUAAAUGGCGCUCAAUCUUCGCCAGAAACAGACCAGUUGUAUCAUUCGGAUGCUGAAUCUGAAUCAGCCCUUGAAUUCGAACGGGAAUGUGGACGAGGAGGUUUACAAGAUCUUGGUAUACGAUAGAUUCUGCCAGGACAUUCUCUCGCCUUUGAUCCAUGUCAAAGAACUCCGCAAAUACGGAGUGACUCUGUAUUUUCUCAUCGACAAGGAGAGGAAAUCGGUCCCCGAUGUCCCUGCAGUCUACUUCGUGCAGCCUAGUCCAUCAAACAUUCAGCGGAUCAUUGCAGAUGUAUCUGUUCCGCUCUAUGAGAACUUCCACUUGAAUUUCUCGUCUUCCAUCCCUCGGCCACUGCUCGAGGAUCUUGCCUCCGGAGCCGUGAAGUCCGAUUCAAUUCAACGGAUCUCGAAGGUGCACGACCAGUACUUAGAAUUCGUAACGCUCGAGGACAACAUGUUUUCGCUGGCGCAGAAAUCAUGUUACGUCCAACUGAAUGAUCCCUCUGCAGGGGAUCGUGAGAUUGAGGGGAUCAUAGAGAAAAUUGUGAGUGGAUUGUUCUGUGUCCUGGCAACACUCGCUGUAGUUCCCAUCAUAAGGUGCCCACGAGGUGGACCUGCGGAGAUGGUUGCAUCUGAACUCGACUCUCGACUGCGUGAUCAUCUGAUAUCGAAGAACAAUUUGUUCACAGAAGGGGGAAAUCUUGGGAGCUCUUUCCAGCGUCCAAUUCUGUGUAUUUUCGACCGGAAUUUUGAACUUUCGGUUGGAAUCCAGCAUGAUUUCAGGUAUCGUCCUCUCGUCCAUGAUGUUCUUGGCUUGAAGCUUAACAGGUUGACUGUGCCAGGGGAAAAGGGGGGUCCUCGUUCGUAUGAAUUAGAUAAGUCAGACCCGUUUUGGGUGGCAAAUGGGUCAUUGGAAUUCCCAGAAGUUGCUGUAGAGAUAGAGAACCAGUUGAAUAAGUAUAAGAAGGAUGUGGAUGAGGUGAACAAGAGGACGGGUGGGAAAGAUACGGCUGAUUUUGAUGGUCAGGAUUUGAUUGGCAACACAAAACAUUUAAUGAGUGCUGUGAACUCACUGCCUGAACUUACAGAGAGGAAGCAGGUCAUUGAUAAGCACACCAAUAUAGCCACUGUGCUGUUGGGUGAGAUCAAGGAGAGGUCAUUGGAUUCUUAUGUUAAGAAGGAGAAUGACAUGCUGAUGAGAGGAAGCAUUGACCGGAAUGAACUGCUUAGUGUCCUCAGUGGAAAAGGCUCUAAAGUUGAUAAGCUUCGGUUCGCUAUAAUUUUCCUUCUUUCUGCGGAAACUACCCCUCAGUCAGAACUGGAAGCAGUGGAAGCUGCUCUGAGAGAAUCUGAGGUGGAUACUUGUGCAUUUCAGUAUGUAAAAAAGAUCAAAUCACUGAAUGCCUCUUUGGCUUCGGCAAGUUCUGCAAGCAAGAAUAACAUUGUUGAUUGGGCCGAGAAGCUGUAUGGACAAUCACUUAGUGCUGUGACAGCAGGUGUAAAGAAUCUCUUGUCAGGUGAUUGGCAGUUGGCAUUGACAAGGACUGUAGAAGCCCUAAUGGAGGGGAAGCCAAACCCUGACAUUGAAUCGUUCCUCCUGUUUGAUCCUCGUGCCCCAAGGUCAAGCUUGGGGGCCAGUGGCAAUCAUUUGAAAGGACCAUUCAAAGAGGCAAUUGUGUUCAUGAUAGGUGGUGGAAAUUAUGUGGACUUUGGGAGCUUGCAAGAGUUUGCUCACCGUCAGCAGCCUGCCAAACAUGUUAUAUAUGGAACAACAGAAGUUCUUACAGGAGCAGAGUUUGUUGACCAGCUAACACUGCUAGGACAGAAAAUGGGGUUAGGCAGUAAUCCUGUUAGUCAAUCCCAUUGAAGCAGAUAGUUAAUUUUUGUUUAAAGGUUGCUUUUGAUGGUGUACAAAUGAAGUGGGUGGCUUACAGGCUGUUCAAGGUCACUACUCAGUAGGGACGCUUGUUUAUCUGAACCUGGUCUACGUUGAUGUAUUUACUUUUGAGAUCAGCUUGAUGUUCGAAUGAAAACCAACGAUGGUAUUAUCUAGGACAUAGAAGUCAUGCUAUUUCUAUUCAUUAUGUGAGUAGGCUCCAACAUUUUCUUUUUUUCUUUCUUUCUUUUCAGCAUAUCUUUCCCUCCUUUUUCUUUGUAUUUGAAAAUUUUACUUCCUGAAGAGAAGCAUUAAUGUAAUCCAUAAUGAUGCGAAUCCUUUUUUGGGAGUUCCUCUAGUUUUAUGGAAUCCCACUUUAUAUUUUUGUUAGAAAAAUGUUAGAUAUAAAUUGUCAAGACUUCAUCCAUUUUCAA